GUGUCUUUCUGACUGUGCUGUGCUGUGCAGCUCUGCUCCAGGUGCACUACUGUCAGCCCAAGAUUGAUGGAUAGGACCGGGCAUUGCACAUAACAUCAAUUCUGUCCUGCUUUCUCUUUCAGUCUGAGCUUCACGCCCUCAUCACUCCUCCCUCUCCUUUCUCUUUCUCACCUCUCUCACCCUCUCUUUCUCUCCCCUACAACUGCUGCUGCUGGCUGCCGCUCCCUCCUCUGGCUCCUUAGUUUCCAAAAGGCAUCUUUAAAGCUGACAGAGAGCAUGUUGUGAGGCAGAAAGGAAGAGAGGCGAACGGAUUGCCAUCGCUGUGACAGCUUUUCUGCCUGGCAGGUUGUGUGUGAAGCCGGGGAACUGGACUGGACCGUGGUUUUUCGUGGGAGAGGUGGAAGAGCAGGGGGGAGAAGUGAGGGGCAAGCUGGGCAGAUGGAGGACGGCACCCGGCACUUGGGACUCUGCGUGGUUGAUAUGAAGGAGCUGAGCGCCAGCCCUGAAGGACUGAGUGCUGCAGGUGUGACUCUAACGACUAAUGUGCGUCAGCUAGAGUUCAGCCUGGCCUGUAAUGAUCUGGUGGCCCCAGGCAGAGACGGGAAGCCCAAUGCGUUGGUCCAGGUGGCUGUGAUAGAUCCCCAGAAGCAGCACCUGGUGUUCCAUGCCUGCACGGAGAUAGUGGAGGCAAACAAAGACCCGCUCUUUCUGACGGGGGUGACCUUCCCUUCAGAGUAUCCUGACAGCCCAGAGACCAUAGUCAAGCUAACAGUGUGUGAUGCAAGAAGCAAGAGCCAGGAAUCUAGCAGCUUCCUGGGCAGUGCCACGUUUUCUGUCGGGGAUCUGCUGAGAGCCAAAGAUGAACAACUGACCUUGAGUCUGAGGUCGUCUGAUGGUGUUUGUGCAGCAGGAACGGUGGUGGUAAGUCGUCUGAAGAUGGAGGAGAUGGAGGAGGAGAACAUAGACCACAUUGCCACCAACACAACCUUACAGAAGUGCCCCUUGGUUUGCGAGUCUGGGCAUCACUCCUGCAUCGACAGAGAAGACAGCCCACAAACGGGUCCAGUGUUCAAGAACCCAACAUGCAAGGUGUACCGAUUCCAAACGAUGGACAGCAAGUGGAUGUUUGUGCGGGAACAAAUGGAGGAGUGCACGUUGUCGUUCAGCAUCCCCAAACAGCUACUGUUGCUUUACAUUCAGGAGGACAAGAGCAGGGUGCAUGAUCUUCAGGAGCUGGGGGAGCUCUCUCCACACUGGGACAACUUGAGGAAGGAGGUGAUGACGCAAUAUGGAGGAGUCAUCAGCUCCUAUCAGGAGACUUUGGCUGAGAUGGACAACAUUACUGGCUGUUCAUUCAAACCAAGUUGCUGCAAAGCCCAGAAGCCUCUGGAGUUCAUCCCAAUAAACUUGCACACACAGAGGAUGAGAGUGACGUGCCCCAAAAAAGCAGAUGCUUUCUAUGACAUUGUCACUGUCGGUGCACCAGCAGCUCACUUCCAGGGCUUCAAGUGUGGUGGUCUGCAGCGUCUCCUGAGCAGAUAUGAAUCAGACAAAAAGAGCUUUAGCGCUGCCUAUCAGUGUAUCUACUACUCCCCAGAGCACACAGCCAAAGCUCAGGAGGUACUCAGCACCAUGGGUCUUCUCCAGCCGCUCAUCACUGGCUCAGCUGACCAGCUCCUCCUGGCUGCACAUGAACACUCCUCCUCUGGAAUGAGGGAUGCACUCAAGAGCCUCUCAGACAAGACGGAACAAUUUGUUCACACGCUUAAGGAUGAAUUGGUCAAGAGUGCGCUGCUCGCCCUGCACGCUGCUCGGCCGGGGUACGUCACCAAGAGCCAGAAGCAACCGCUGGAGCAGAGCCAUCGUCAGGUCAACCAGGGCAGUGAGCAGAAUCAGAACCCGGUCCAGGGACUUCCAGGACACAGUCCAGCCACUCCGGUCACCGAGAGCCCAGUGGUGUGUAACAACGUGGAGGGAUCUGCUGAAGAAGCUGGGCCUGCAGCUCUGAAGCACCAAGACUCAAUACCGCAUCACAAGGAGUUUGAUGAGGAGGAAUGGGACCGGGUUUGGGCCAGCGUGGCCAAAUGUCUCAACUGUGUGAUCGCCAUGGUGGAUAAACUCCAAGAAGGAGGGAACAGCAAACAGGAGCCAGCUCCUGAGCUGCAGCUCGCUGAUGUCAUCACAUCUCACAACCCUGGUGACUGGAAGGAGCAGUUGUGUCCUCUGGUGAGCAGAUUAAAGGACUGUGUGAUGGAGGUGGUGGAGAAGGCGAAGAGAGCCAUGACCUUUGUGCUCCUGCAGGAGGCAGCCUGCAGCACACCUCAAGGUUUUCUCCUCCAGCAGAGGAGGGACGUAGUCUUCAGUCAGGCACUGGCAGCUUUGGCAUGUGGCUUCGUCAUGAAGCUGUACGCAGGAUUGCGGGACAAGAACUUCCUGAGGCAACUCCACCUGGUUGGCUUGGUGGCCCAGUUCGAGAGCCUGCUCAGCACCUACAGCGAAG